GAACGAACUUCGUAGGAGCGAACAACGAGCUGCGACUGGAGAUGAACAAGCUGGACGGCCAACUGGCGGAAACGUUCACCAACACCAACACGCGAUGGGUUUUCAACCCGCCAGCUGCGCCCCACAUGGGAGGCGCUUGGGAGCGGUUAGUGAGGUCGGUGAAGACGGCGUUGGCAGCGAUGUACACCUCCAGAGUACCAAACGAGGAGACUUUGGCGACUCUGCUGGUGGAAGCAGAGAGCAUCGUUAACUCAAGGCCGCUUACGUUCAUCCCACUGCAGUCGGAACAGCAAGAGGCUCUGACGCCAAACCACUUUCUACUACUGAGCUCACGCGGAGUGGUUCAGCCCCCGAAGACGUCGAUAGAACCAAGGCUGGCAUGCAGAGGAGAUUGGCAGCUUUGCCAAGCGAUGCUGGAUCAGUUCUGGCGGCGUUGGAUCCGCGAGUAUCUCCCGACGAUUGCUCGCAGAACGAAGUGGCUGGAGGAGGCAAUGCCGAUCGAGGUAGGCGACUUGGUGAUCGUGGUGGAGGAGAAGGUACGGAACGGCUGGAUCCGAGGACGGGUAGUGGAGGUCAGCCCUGGACGAGAUGGGAGAGUACGUGAUGCGGUUGUGCAGACGGUGGAUGGUUUCUUACGACGACCGGUGGCAAAACUGGCGCGCUUGGAUCUGGAAGGGUGUAAGCCUGAACCGGAAGUUUCGGACCAGCUUAACGGGUCGGGGAACUGUUCCGGCGCGGCGCAACCAAUGUCAACGCACGAAGCCCCUCGUCCCGAUCAACAAUCGUGAAGUUGACCGCUAUGCCGAUUUACAUCUGCGCGAAGAAUUGUCUGACCGAGUGACGUAGGGAAAGGAAAAAUCAAACGUAAACAUACAGCCAAGGUAGAAAGUGGUGGAAAUUUGGUUUUCUUUAAAAAGUUUGCGCGUGAUUGAUACGGAGCUGCUGCGACUCCAGGUGACGGUGUAGCUGCACGGAAAGUCGGGAACGGUCCUGAAAGAAGAAGGAAAUUUCGCUAUUGCUGGCACGGCUCACGUUGGUAGAUCCGAGGAUUGGAGCAGGGAAACCAAUACUUUUAGCGAUUACCUACCAACUAAACCCGGUGUGAUCCGCUGAAAAGACGGCGUCCGAAAUCCUCCCCAACAAAU